CUGCCCCCGCACGCCCACGCAGGCAAGAAAAAGGAGAAGCGUUCCCCAAGCAUCCCCCCUGCACAGUUGCUCCUUCUCUCUCGGCUCUCUCCUCCUCCCCCAUGGCGGCCCGCGAGGCCUCCGCCUCCGCCACCGGCGAGGGCGCGCGCCACCCGCCGCCACGCACCACGCUCUCCCUGCCCUUGCGCUCCGCCGUUGAGUCCCUCUUCGCCGCCGGCGCCGGUUCCACGGCCGCCGCCGAAACCAGCCCCGGCCCACUCACCCUCGCCGACGCGCCCUCCCCUGCCUUCCACGGCUCCUUCACCCAGCUCCUCUUCGGCGCCAUAGGCUUCCCAGCCGUCGCCCGGGGCCCCUCGCCGCCCUCUCCGUUCGCCGUGCCGCCAGGACUCAGCCCCACCGCGCUACUCGGCUCCCCCGGGCUCUUCUCCCCAACGGGGAGUUUUGGGAUGUCCCAUCAACAAGCAUUAGUACAAGUAACAGCACAAGCACUCCACCCUCCGUACAAUAUGGUCAAUCAAACAGAUUACUCACUCCCUUUCUCGUCGACAACACCAGCUUUGACGUCACAGCAUGUCAAUUCUUCUGCCAAUGUGACAUCAACACAGGAGAUACCAACUCAGCCAUUGCAUACAGCUAAUAGCAACAUUGAAUCAAAUGAGGUUUCCCAAGGAUUCCAAACUUCUGCAUUCACUGUGGAUAAACCUGCCGAUGAUGGCUACAACUGGCGGAAGUAUGGCCAGAAGGCAGUUAAGGGUGGGGAGUAUCCAAGGAGUUACUACAAAUGUACUGAAGCGAGCUGUCCAGUUAAGAAAAAAGUGGAGCGCUCAGCAGAUGGACAGAUUACUGAGAUAAUUUAUAGAGGUCAGCAUAACCACCAGCGUCCACCAAAAAGGAGGUCCAAAGAUGGUGAUUUACUAAAUGAAGAGGAUGAUUUUCAUGAGAAUGAGGAUGCUUCAACUAGAUCAGAACCAGGCUCUCAAGAUUGCUCUGGAAAAUUUGAGGCAUCAAAUGGCAUCGCAGGGCCUUCAAUGUCAAAGAGGGGAGAGGGAGGUGAGAAAUUGUCAGGCUCAAGUGACAGCGAGGAGGAGGGUGAUGAUGAAGUAAGAGCUGGCACUGACAAUGAAGAUGCUAGUCAUGCAAAUGUAAACAAAAGACAUGUGCCAACUCCAGCUCAAAGGAUCAUUGUGCAAACAACUAGUGAGGUUGAUCUUCUGGAUGAUGGCUACCGGUGGCGCAAGUAUGGACAGAAAGUGGUAAAAGGGAAUCCACAUCCAAGGAGUUACUACAAAUGCACAUACCAAGGAUGUGAUGUGAAGAAGCAUAUUGAAAGAUCUUCGCAGGACCCAAAGGCCGUCAUAACUACAUACGAAGGGAAGCACAACCAUGACGUGCCAGCAGCCAGGAACAGCAGCCAUGCUGCUGCUAAUGCCAAUGCGUCAUCUUCCAACAGCUUACCACACAGGGGGCAGAAUUCAGCAUCCAGUAGUCGUGGAGCAGACGUACAAAAUGCGUCAUCAGCUUCUUCCAUGCUACUAAAAGAAGAAAAUGAAAUAACAUAACCUUUUGGAGUGUCUGACAGCCUAAAUUAUUCUGUUCUCUUGUCCAAUUCCUGGGCGUUCUGCUUCACAUUCGGCGCUGGAGCAAAUUGACAUUGUAAUUUCUGCAUUGGUUUCAGUCAAGAGCAAAAUCCUGCGCCGUGCCCUUCCAAGAGCCCGCACACCCUGUUUUGCAGCAGUAUCUGUUAUGUUGUACUCCCAUUGGUUGUAAAUGCCAUCAGUCUUACCCACGGAGAACUAUAUAGAUGACAGCUUUGAGCUUUCUUCGGCCCAAGUGUAUAUGCUCGAUUUGAAACUUUUAACUGAUAGCUGGUUUGUAGAUACAUGGCUCCUUCCUAGUUUCUGUAAGUGUUUUUUGGACAGGACGUGUAUAAAGUUAUAGUUGCUGAACGCGAUGAUGAUCGAUUUUCCGUGGGCCUGUGAGCACACUUCCAAUUUUCCAAUCUCCAUACUCAAUUUAGUCGCUGCCAUUGACCAGCAACGAAUUAUGUAAUAUUUUAUGAUAGGUCUGUGCUACAACUUUCAUGUGAAAAAUUUGGAUACCUUUAUUUAUA